ACAACGACGACGAUCAUCAAGCAGCGCAUCCUUCACACGCCAUCGCGUAUACUGGAGUCGAGUGACUGGGUCACUGGAAUAUCCCUCAAACCUCCGCAAUACGCCCUGCACACCUCAUCGCCGCUCCACUUCCACGCGACCACACAGUGACAUCACGGGCUCACGGUGUUGACCACUCGUCCGCAUGUCCGACGUUCAGCGAUAAAGGAGCAUGCCAGGUCGCAUCGUCAUGGACAGUCAUGCUGCACCACACACCAACGGAUUAAAGACCGACUUGCCCACCAUGGCCGACACUGCUCCCGCCCAACACAACGCCCUGUCAAUCGGUUAUAGCAAUGGCACAAUCAAAGAGGAGGAUGAGCUCUUGCCACCAGAGCUAGAACACUGGGCCCACACAUAUGUUCCCAUGGGCAAAUUGCUAGAGCGCAUGGCACAACAAUGUUACUUUGAACUGGGAGAUCUCGUGGAGCAGAUGGCCGACUUGAACAUUGCCGCGCCCCAGACAAAUGGCGCAUCAACUUCUGCUCCGGACGUGUCAAAAGUAAGCGUCGACAAGAAGUUGCGACUCAUGAACUUUGCGAAUACACAACAGGCUCGUUUCAUCAAGGCCUUGGUCUUGUCCGACUGGGCGCGUAACAUGGGAGACAUGGACAAGUUGAUCGAGUUGCGCAUGUGGCUGACACAACAAGAUGAAGCCACAUCACUCGUCGCCAACUCUAUAGUCAACAUGAAAACCAACAUGGUUGCCGCCAAAAUGCCGAAUCCAAACAUUGAAGGGGCUCUGGAACUUUUGUCCACAUCCAAAGCGCCAUGGCUACCAGAUCUCGGCUACAUUGCGCCAAAACCUCUGUCCGCGCAGAAACUGCUAAAGACGCUUCGAGACAUGAAUUUCGUCCUUUCCGUACGACUGAACCUGCAUGAACAAUUACCUUCACAUUUCUGCAACUACUCGAUAGCGAACGGUCGUGCCACUUUCGUUGUGCCGGAUGAGUUUGAGCUUGAUCUGGCUGUUACCGAUGAAGACACGACUUCACCUUUCUACUUUAUUGACAUCCGAUUCCUCUUUUCCGAUGCGCCCCCUCUACCAGACGGUUACGCUCGUCAAAGUCUAGAAGGCAAAGUCAAUCAAAUCCUGCAGCUGGAAGGUCUGUCUGCGGCUUACGAAUUUCUCCACGGAUUCGUCUUGACACACAAAAUCUCUUUGCUGCGACGACAGGCCUUCGAAUUGUCGCGCACAAGAUGGACCGAGUGCUUACACGUUGAGCCUAUACACCGAUCACUUGUCGUGCAAUACUGGACUGGCCAACCCGGAGGAAAGAGCUGGAUAGAAGUCGGCAUCGUGAAGGGUAGUAAUGGGCAAAGUUCAGAGCGAGCACAUACACCCGCGCGGCUGAACAUCCGCUGGUUCAGAGCAGGAAAGGAGGUUCCCGAUGUACGUUUCGACAUCGAUGCGGCAAACCCUUCGAUGGAACAGAUAUUGAACCAGGUCACUGCUGCGCACAUGACGCUUCGUCUUGGUACCGUUCGAGACCAGAUUGUCGCCAUCUCACCUCCGAACUCAGCGCUAGCCAUCGACUUGAACGUAUCGUCGACGGAUCCAAACGCCUGCGCACUAUCUACGAAGCUUGGUCAGCACGGUUCUGAGACGAUCUUACGGAUCAUCCCUGUCAAUGGCAACAUCUCAAUCUCACCUGUUUCGUCCGCUUCGAUAGAUGUGGAGAGAAGAUUGAAUGCCGAUCCGUCAAUAGACGCUGCGCAGAUUGUUACAUAUCUCAACUGCAAACUUGUCCAAGACCAAAUCACGCGUCAAGCCGUUCAAGCAGGCUGGCUUCUCAUGCCUACGGAUAAACAGGCUGACACCAAUAAAGUCUUCCAAGAACAGAUCGUUCGCCGUACAACAUUUACUCGCCAUGGCUGGGGCGAAGAUUGGGCGAUCUGUCUAACAAUAAGUCUUCAAGGAGUCAAAUGGUGGAUCGUCCACUUGACUUACACCUCACCAACCUCUCGCAUAAUCACCACAGCAGAAACCCUGGCAAUCCCCUCAACGACAAAACUCUUCGACCGCCAAACAGUUAUGCUCAUCGAAUCUCGCGCUGUAGCACAAGUCUCUCUCUCAAACAUUUCCUCACAACUCCGUGCUCAAAAUAUCAGCCAUGAAAUUCGCCAUGUUGCUGCUUCCGCGUCCGCUCAGGCCAACACUUCUUCAUCACCACUUUCAUCUUCUACCACAACUGCUGUCAUUGGUAUGAAAUUCGAAGAUGUCAUGCAACCGUCUUCUCCUGUAGAGCGCAAAACCUGGAUACCCUGGUGUGGAAGUACAAUGGUCUUGACACAUCACGGUGUUGAUGAAACAGCAAAAGAUACCGUCAAAGUUAUACAUGUGCUUAAAACCACUUUGACACCACAAACAGCAGAGACACUAUCACCACUCAUCAACAAGCCAGUCCAAGAUAUCAGUUUCAGUCCCAAUGGCAUCUUGGCCCUCGCACUCCCCACCCAUUUCGGCGUCGAUUUACUCCAACUCAUAAAAACGAAACUAUCAGCUGUAGAACGCCUAGCUUCUUGUCUCUCAGCUCUGAAGUCUCGAAACUUUGCAGUUGAAAAAGCGACUAUGCAAGGUUUGGUUUUCGUGUACUCUUCUCCUUCUGCUCCGUUUACUCUAAAAGCCGGAAUCGCAUUUACAAACCAAGGCAUACACUUGCGCUUCCCAGCAGCCCACGAUAACGAAACCCCUCACCGCCGUAUCCUCCCCCUAUUGCAGAAAUUACUAGAAACACCUGUUUCUUGCACUUCUCCACUCCAAGAAAGCGCAAGAUUUGAAAAUUUACUAAAUCUUUUGCAUGCUACUACACCGCUUUUCUCCGCGUUUACAAGGAUUGAAAACAAGGAUAGCAGUGGGAAGCAAUGUAAAGCGUUUUCGAGGAGUUUGGUACAGCAUCGUUUGGUUUACUCGGAACCACUGCAUCCUAUGGUUCUGGAAAUUGAGUUUCGUCGUAAAGAGGGCAAGGAUUUUUGGAGUGUGACGUUGGUCAAAAACACUCCAGAUUCAGCGGAGAAGAAGGAGAAAUCUUUGGAUUUGCUGGCUAAGGCAUGGCAAGGCAAAGAUCUACCAGGUGUCAAGGGGUUUAGAAGUGGUAUCAUUGCUGAUGUGGAUGCUAUCGGAAAGAUCUUAAUAGCCAUUGAUGAAGUGGUUAGAGGAGAGGAGCCAAGGGUUGGAAAUGGCAAUGGAAAUGGCGAUGGACAAGAUAUCGUGGUGCUGGAUUAAGAAGAAACCGGUACAAUGCCAUGGAUUGCGAGGGGGUUUGAAGCUGAGUUCACAGGGGUACCCAGAGAGCAGGUUGAAAAGCGGGAAAGAAUGGGGAAUAAUGACGAAUAAGGUGGUUUUCCAGACCACCCCUCUUUCUAUAUCCAACAUUCGGACAGAAGAGCCCUUUUGUAGUAAAGAAAGUCGGUUGGCUAUACACAACUGCAGUAAUGUAGUAAGAGAGAAACGAAAGAUAUCAUCUCCAUUCACAGGUAGACACAUGCGGGA